GACUGUGGAGUCAGGGCGCGGAUGGAGCUGGGGUGUGAGGAGUAAGGCAGGUGACGAAAAUGGGCGCCUGGGCUUCCAGGACAGGAAUCUCCUGGUUCUUAGGCUUUGGCAAAUAAUUAGAGACACUGACGACCGGCCCGUGCCGAGAGGCCCCGCCCCGGCUUCGAGUGGAACGUGGGGCCGUGUGCAGGACAGCCUUGCACUUCAGUUUUGCAUUUCCCUCUAUAGAUCGAGCUCGCCAUGGAUAGGAACCCCCCUGAUGGCACAGGCCCUGUGCACGUGCCUUUGGGGCACGUUGUUGCCAAUGAGAAAUGGCGCGGGUCGCAGCUGGCACAGGGCAUGCAAGGUAAAGUUAAACUUGUUUUUGAGGAUGGCCUAGCACCGGUAGAUUUUUACUUGUCGGUCAGAUCCUGCAUUCUUUAUAUCACAGAAGCCGAUUUGGUGGCAGGAAAUAGCUACCGAAAGAGGCUGGUUCGCGUUAGAAAUUCCAGUAAUCUUCAAGGAAUUGCAAUAGUUGAAAAAACGCCGACGAGUGAACAGUACUUCCCAGCCAUACAGAAGUUUACUGUGCUGGACCUUGGGAUGGUGUUGCUCCCAGUGGCCGGCCAGGUGGAAGCGUCCUGCAUCAUCAUCCAGUUAGUUCAAGAGCAAACCAAAGAGCCCAGUAAGAACCCUUUUCUCAGGAAGAAACAGGCUCAGCUCUCUGAGCCAUUCUUACUUCGAACUGUGCAGCAGAUCCCAGGAGUUGGGAAAAUCAAAGCUUCCCUUCUGCUUCAGAAGUUCCCGAGUAUCCAGCAGCUGAGUAAUGCUUCCAUCCAAGAACUGGAGCAAGUUGUUGGGCAAGCAGCAGCACAGCAAAUUCAUGCGUUCUUCACACAGUCCCGGUGACAGCUCUUCUCACAGCAUCCACUACGGGUUCUACUUUACACCACCAACUACAGGAUCUUGUUUUCAUGUUUAAAAAUCAAGAAAAAAAGAUUUCCUCUCACAGCAACUAGUGACAGAUGAGGUGAGGCCUGAGAGGAACCUGCCAGCUGCCCUGUGCUGCUGUGUGCUGUCACUUAAGUUGGUGCCGCCCUGGUUCUGCUACCAUGAAGAGGGCCAGUGGCGAUCUUCCAAAGAGAGUCCCUUGAAUUAGAGACUCUCAGAUUGAUAAAAAAGCCAACUUGGGCAGAUUUGAAUGUGUGACCUUGACCUACAUCUAAUGGAAAGGUCUUAUCAGGUUUCAGUGGUUAUAACCUUCUAAAGGAGACAAACCUACAAUGAAGCACUGUGUACCAUAAGCCCCUUGUUCCUGGUGGCAAAGCCACUGUUCUUCAGGUCUGGUCUUAAUAUACCUGUGCUUCGAGGGUUGCUGCCAGUGUAAAUACGUUGCACAGCCUUUGCGUUUCCUCCCUCAAUCGCUUCCUUUAUGGUGGCUGCACAGUUUGUUUAUCAUCACUGGGCACAUCUGAACACAGAAAGCCUGGGGUGGUGAGUACCCACUUAAAGAUAAAAAGCCAAUGUGUGUGUGGGGAGAGCGGGAGGGGGAAUGUGUUUGUAAAUGUAUAGCCCAACAGUGUGAAGAUACACAGGAGAAUGGCAGGGCAGCUGUGUCCAGAGAGAUCUGGGGAUCCAAAGGUACACUUGCCUCUUCAAAAAAUAAAUACUGCCCUCGCCAGUUUUGCUCGGUGGUUAGAGCGUGAGCCCUCGGACUGAAGGGUCAUAGGUUCCAUUCCCAGUCAAGGGUACGUACCUCAG